GAGCUUCGCAAAGCCGGGAGUCAAAGCUUGGGGCGAGCCCCGGCCUCAGACACUUUCGGUUUCUCUGGCGGCCGUUCAUCUUUCCGUCGCCUGCGGGUAAGGCGCUCCCGGGACCCUCUUUCCCUUUCCCUUUGAGAGGCAAGAGCCAAGGCGCCUUCUGUGCCUCUUCCUAGCCCAACACACAGGCACGCGGGGACCAAGCUCGACCAACGGCCUGUCGGGGUGUUUGGUGGAACUUGAAAUCCUCCCGCAGUGAAGUCCCAGCCUCUGCGUUCGCUCUCGCCCACUGGCCCAUGGCCGAGCCCCAGAGGAGGGCGGGAAGCAGCUUGGACCUCCGGGAGGCCAGGGUCGCUGCUCCGCACUUCUCCAGCGCGGUGCGUUCGCUUCCCCAGGACUCCGCUGAAGGGGCCAGUGGCCCCUCGGGCCACCUUGCCCUACAGGCCCUUCUCCCCAAAGACGAGCUCCAGAAAUCUCGCCCUCUUGCAACUGAAAGGAGCCCGGGAAUCCCAGACCCGACCCAGGCAGAUUGAGCCCUCCUACAAUAAGGAAAGGAGUUGAAAUGAAUUGAGAUUUCUGACCUGCGAGUCCUGGUGAAAAAUCCCCCUGAACGAUGGGUAAGACGUUCUCCCUGCUGGGCUCUCAGGAGGAGGAGAACAAGCUGAUCCCGCCCCACCACCCAGCCAUUGGCAGCAAGGCUGCCAGCUACUCCAGCACCGGUAGCAGGAAGUCUUUUUGUUCUGGUGUGCCUUGUGAAGGGGCUGCUGGUGCCAGCUUUGUGACUUGUCCCACCUGCCGGGGCAGUGGGGAGAUCCCUCGAGAGCUAGAGAAGCAGCUGGUGGCCCUCAUCCCCUAUGGGGACCAAAGGCUGAAGCCCAGGCACACGAAGCGCUCCGUGUUCCUGGCGGUGCUCAUCUGCCUGGUGACCUCCUCCCUCAUGGUCUUUUUCCUGUUUCCCCGGUCCAUUGCUGUGCAGCCUGCUGGCGUCAACUCCUCCACAGUGGCCUUUGACGAGGCUGAUGUCCAUAUCAACAUAACGAACAUCUUGAACAUCUCCAAUAGCAACUACUACCCCAUCACGGUGACACAGCUGACCAUCGAGGUGCUGCACCUGUCCCUCGUGGUGGGGCAGGUCUCGGAGAGCCUCCUCCUAAACAUUGGCCCUUUGGCCAGUGAACAGCAAAAUCUGUACCUGGCUAGAAGUCAGUGUCCACCAUGUGCUGCUGCACAUCCAGGGCACCCUGACCUGCUCCUACCUGAGCCAUUCAGAGCAGCUCGUCUUCCAGAGCUAUGAAUACGUGGACUGCCGGGGAAACAAGUCAGUGCCCCACUUGCGGGACCCUCACCCACCGUGACCUGUCUGCCGUCCUCGAACUCCAGGCACCUGCCAGCCUGGUCUGUAUCUCCCACAACUCCAUGGUGCCCAAGGAAGGACUGUGGUGACUUUGCCAGAGGAAAAGCCCUACUUUUCAUACCCUCCCCCACACCCUCAGCACAGGAAGCUUUCUGUGGAAGUUAGCUUCAUACACACACACACACUCGCACAUUCUUGGAUUUCCACAGGAGCAGAAGCCUGGUUCUUCUAGGUGCUGGCGCCAUAUUUUCCCCUCGGGCGGUCUUGAGGAAAGUCUGACCCGACGUUUCCUCAGAGCUGCCUGAGAGGCCCUGGAGUGGCCCCUGCCCUUUCUGCGCUGAGCACCCUGGUUGCCCAGCUCCUCUGGUGCGACCUUCCUCCUGCCUGAAUGUGGAGACAGCUUUCAUCUUAUCUGGCUUUUAAAACAUGGAUCCUUUUCAAGUUCUGCACCCAGUGACGGGCAAGUGAUUUGUGGGACAUCCAGUGCUGUCUCCAGGGCCUUUUAAAGGUCCAUGGAUGCUCUCCUGUGCCUCCCUGCUUUGGUUGUGUGACAAAGUAAUGGUGAUGGUCUGCUUCUCUCCUGGUAACUUGUCGCCUGCCCACCUGACAGCAAGAUUGGCCAAGGCCCUUUGGCUCCACGUAGUUCCUGGUUAAAGGCUGUCCCUGUUCCUGGGAAGACAGACCUGUUCUCCAGCUAAAACUUCUCCUCUCCAUAAAGCAGUUGUAUUCUCUUCACAGCAUGAGCCAAAGUAGUAGGAGAGGUGAGGAAGGCACCUGGCACCUCCUGGGCCUACACAGGAGAAACAGACAAAGCCAGAAUCAUUUUAAAAGGUAGGUAUUAAAGGAUGGCUUCUGGCUGGUGGUGGGCCCGCAACCCCGAGCCCAUGUGAGUGGACACAGGCAGGUCAAAGGGUGGGCCCAGCCACUCUUACCCUGCAAGUCUGCAGAAGGGAAGCUGUCAGUAUUCAGCCACAUUGCUGGGCUCUGCUGCACCCCCAGCUUAGCACCUGAGCCCACCGUCUGCUCCAGAGGCCUCCGCUUUCCUUCAGGCAUUGACAUUGUAGAGCUGCCUGUCAGUGGGGGCUGGUCUAGACGCUCUCCUCUUUGCUGUCACUCAGAUGAAGCUAAGCCCCAGAUAACCCCCAGGUUCCCACUAGGCUCCACGUGGAGGCGGUUUCUAUUCUUCAGCGGACCAAGAAUGGUAUUUGCUCACUAAAGGUGGCUAUGGUUUUUAUCACUCAGACAGGCAGAAAGAUGAGCUUAGGUGGAGAGAAAGCUGAAUUUGAAGUAGAAAGGAUGGAGGACGGGAAGUGGUGAGAGAACCUGGCGACUAGCUGGCUGGGGGAAGGAGGGGAAGGAGGGAGUUCGUGCUGUCUCCAUGCUUUCUUGCCUCCGUAACUGGGGUCAAGGUGGUGCUGGCAAGAGCACAGACGUCCAGGAAGGCCGGGCCCGGGCUUCUGCUGUGUGUAGGUCACCAAAUGUAAAGGAUUUAUAUUGUAGUCAAUAAACUAUACUUAACGUUAAAACAAACAAAC